CUCCAUCUUCCAACCCACCCAUCUUCUCCUUUCCUCCACGGUAUCCCCAAUCCCAAUCUUUAUCUUCUUCUCUAAUCUUCUCCAAUCCCCUACUAAUCCCAGGUUGGUUCUAAGUUUAAUUCUUGAUUCAUUCUUUGUACAUGAAGCUCACAAGAACAAUGGCAUUCAAAUCAGCUAUAGUGCAACCGAAAAACCCACCACACUUCAACCCCACAUUUUCUUGCUGCCUGAAACCAUCCUUUCAGUUCAGGGAGAAGCCACUGAAGGAUUUUGAAUUCAAUAUCAAAAGAAGAAUUGGGGCAAUAGCAGCAGUAAGUUGGGCACUAAUGGCGGCGAAAGAAGCAAUUUUUGUUGAAGCUGCAAAUGGAUUUGACUUGCAACUGGUAGCACCUGGUCAGACAAUUGAAGAGGCACAGAGUGGAAUCAAAGGGCAUGCACAAGCUCUGUUACAAGUGAAAGAGCUGAUAGAUUUAGAGUCAUGGAGAGAAGUACAAAUAGCUCUCAGGAAGAGCUCAUCAGUCUUGAAACAGGACAUUUAUACCCUAAUUCAAACAAAACCUGCAAAUGAGAGGCCCCAACUGAGAAAACUUUAUUCUGACCUCUUCAACAAUGUGACCAGACUUGAUUAUGCAGCUAGGGAUAAAGAUGCAUCAUAUAUCCGACAAUGCUAUGAGAACAUUGUUGCCCUUCUGAAUCAAAUGCUAUCUAGAAUAUAAAGUAUCAAGUAAUUGUUCCCUUCCUUAUUUUUCUUCCCUGCAAAUUAUAUGCAUCAAAAGAUGUUGUGUAGGAAAUUAGAUGAAGCAUAGCCACUUAAGGUCGUCUGUUAACAACGAAUUAUUUUUCUUUAUGAGUAAGCUUUUGUAUCCUUCAUAGAAAUUGAUCAAUCUGCUGAAAGCACUUGUUACAACAGGAUCAUUAUUUUAUGAUGCAAUCCUCUUUCAUAAGGCUUCAUUUGCCGAAAUUGUAAAACCGUAAUUCUUUUGUUGAGUAUGACUUUCUCGUUCUUGGAUGAAUGGUUCCUGUGGGUCAGACAGACACCAGAAUUGUAAGUUAUAACUGAGGGUUCUGUUCUGUGCAAG